AUGCCCGACACUGCAGUAUCCGACAUAGAACUACAAGUCUCGUCUGCCGCAAUUGCCAUAACAAAGGCCUUGAACCUACCUCCGCCACGGCAGGGCAUUGCCCCGUCGGCCAUGAAUCCUCAGCGAAUCUCGGAACUACAGAGUCGACUGGACGAGUUGCGGCUCGAAAUUGCCCAGAAAGAGCAGCAGAUAAAGGAGAAAGAAUCUCGGCUGGGUUUCUCUACGGAGACCGAGCGUGCCAUUCGAGAGAAGAAGGAUGAAAUCUUCCAGGCGUUCGUGCGGAGAUGGGGUCUUCCACAGUGGAUCAUGAACGCAGAGAGACUUCAGCUGGCAGACAUGUUGCUGUCGGAAUUCGACGAGGGUAACAUUGAGAUGAUCCACCAUGCCAUCAUGCUCGAGAAAGGAAAGGAAGUCCAGACGCAGAUGAAUUCAGUGGGCGCCAACGACAAGAUCGACAGGAUGCCGGUGGAAGCCAACCGCCUUAGCGUUCCUGUACAACAACCACCAUCAAGGGAAGUCUUCAACCGUUUGCAGCAAGAUCUUGCCGCCGAGCGGGCGAGGAACGCGGUUCUUCAGGAACAAUUGGCGACGGCGACAUCGACGCUGGAGGCCCUGGGACUCUGA